AUGGCCGCUUCAUCUUCCACCACCGCCACCUUUGCCCAACGCCUCGCUGACUGGGAAAAAAAGUUUACUGAGUGCUACUGCAACGGUGAAAGCACAUUCAAUGCUGAGUUGGAGCAGCUGUACAAGGACUUGGUUCCAUUGUGUCAGGAGCAUGUCAGGGACGCCGCCUGCUUCCGGCUCAUCAACUAUGUUGCGAGCCCUGUCGUGUAUUUAUACAAGACCAGCCAGGACAAGGACGGCAAGCAGGUAGCAAGGUUUGAGGUUGACUGGGCGACUUUGCAUCAUCAAGUCGCAAAUUUCAAGGCAUACCAGGAAGGCCAGGAGGCACAGAGGAAGAGAAGGGAGGAGGAGGAGCAAGAGAAGAGGAGGGAAAAGAAGGAGCAAGAGGAGGAGGAGAGGCAGAGGGUGGAGGUGAGGAGGAAGAGGGAGGUGAGGAGGAAGAGGGAGGAGAAAAAGAAGAGGGAGAAGGAAGAGGAGAGGCAGAGGGAGGAGGAGGAGGAAGGAGGAGAGGAGGAAGAGGGAGGAAGAGAAGCAGAAGAUGGAGGAGAAGAACAAGGAUGA